CCGUCAAGAAUGUGUGAACGUAAAUAUUCAAGCAUUAUUGACUCACGGUCGAGUCUCGUGCUGACGUGUCACUCGACCAGCUUGUGUCAGACUCAGGCAGGCAACAACUUGACAUGUGAGGCUACACUACACUGCUAUUCAUCUCAUAGCUAACUGUAUUUUGAACCAUACUGCGAGCCCUUGAUAUGAUAGUGCCAGCAAUCACACAAAGCUAUAGUCCUGUACAAAGAGCAGACGACGCUUAUCAGCUGACGCGGUAAACAUUCCCCAGUCCCCGCCAAGAAUAGACGGCCGUACGUCUACUUAAGGGCGGCGCCAUAUGACCUCUGUGUUAUGGCGAGUUAAAUCAAUAUCUCGGCCAAUGCUGUCUAAGUUCAGAGUCACAAGAUUACUAAGCUGAGAAGAAGGGUGUUAAGAUUAAGACAACGCAGGGAUUUAUAGGCAAGGUUACUGAAAAUGCAUCUCUACAAAACACUGCAUGGCCGAAGAUCAGAGGAAGAAUCUAAGAAGAACUUGUAAAUAUGUGGCACCUGUAUUGAUUUGUGCCAUUUCACUCAUUCUUCACUCUAGUGGCAUAUUAGUAUUUCCCAAAAUGUCUUUGAGUCAUGUAGCAAAAAUGGCUCAACAUAACUGCUUCUUGUACUUUGCCUAUGGCUCCAACCUUCUCAAGGAAAGGAUUCACAUCAAUAAUCCAUCAGCAAGGAUGAUUGGUGUGGGCAAACUCAAGGACUAUCGUUUGGACUUUAAUCACUUCAGCAAGCGAUGGAAAGGAGCAGCAGCCACUAUUGUGGAGGAUCCAGGCAGUUAUGUGUAUGGAGUUGUUUGGGAACUUGCAAAUGAAGACAUGGUCAACUUAGAUAGACAGGAAGGUGUCCAUCAAAAAAUUUAUCGUGCAAUGGACGUAAAAGUUGAGACCGAGAAAGGAGACCAUGUUGAAGCUCGAUCUUACCAGAUAAUCCGUCCACUAGAAGAUGACAGACGACCAUCCUAUGUAUACAUGGAUGUCAUCAUUCGAGGAGCAAAGGCAAAUGGCCUUCCUGAGGAUUAUAUCAAGUUCCUGGAAAGCAUUGAACAUAAUGGAUACAAAGGGUCAGUGGAAAUUAAUUUACAACUUGAUAAACAUUAGUCCUGAUUUUCUCUUUCCCUUGGACUCUUAGCUAUAAUCUCAACAGUUUAAUACUGAGUCAUUGGGAAUAAUUUAGAGUCAGUUAGGAGUUUACAUACAUAUUCUGUAAUAUUCUCAAUAACAUACCUAGCCUCAGAUAUGUAUAAGAUUACAUGUUUACCACUGUCUGGAAAUAAGUGCAAUUUUAGAUACAUAAGCAGUUAUAUAGAUAUACUCACUAUAUUUAAUCUCACAUUAUGUAGAAUUUAGGGUCCUAAGGAUUAUCUUGGCAUCAUUAUUCAUUGUUAUUUUACCAUGUUGAAUGGAACAUAGAUUUUCAACGUUCACACUUUCACAUUCCUCUCAGCAAGCAAAGAAAUUAAAAUUAUCAUAUUGCUUUAUAGUAUUUAUCAGUAUUAUAAAUUAAUCUACAGAACAGUUUUGUCAGGUAUUUCAGCUUUAUACACAACACUUUUUCCAUUACACUAACUGCAAGUUCUGCAGAUGCAUCUAUUCACUGGCUAUGGAAUUUAAUCUUUAUUUUUACUAGAAUAUAUAUAUAUAU